AUGGUCAAACCGAGGCUCAUCAUCCUCAUUCGGCACGCUCAGUCAGAGGGCAACAAGAACCGCGAUAUUCACCAAACGAUACCCGACCACCGAGUAAAGUUGACACAAGAUGGCUGGCAACAAGCCUACGAAGCUGGCCGCAAUCUGCGCAAGUUACUGCGUGCCGAUGACACACUGCACUUCUUUACUUCCCCCUACCGCCGGACUCGCGAGACAACCGAGGGCAUUCUCUCGACUCUGACAUCCGACGAGGAGGAUCCUUCUCCGUUCAAGCGCUCCAACAUCAAGGUCUACGAGGAACCUCGCUUGCGUGAGCAGGACUUUGGUAACUUCCAGCCGUGCUCCGCCGAAAUGGAACGCAUGUGGCAAGAGCGUGCCGAUUACGGCCAUUUCUUCUACCGCAUCCCCAAUGGCGAGAGCGCCGCAGACGCCUACGACAGAGUUAGUGGCUUCAAUGAGAGUCUGUGGCGUCAGUUUGGCGAGAACGAUUUUGCCAGCGUUUGUGUAUUAGGUAUGCCGGACACCUCCGAGCCGUUUUGCCUUGUGUUGCUAACUCCUUUAGUCACCCACGGCCUCAUGUCCCGGGUGUUCUUGAUGAAGUGGUAUCACUUCACUGUCGAGUACUUUGAGGACCUGCGGAACGUCAACCACUGCGAGUUUCUCAUCAUGCGCAAGCAAGAAGAGAGCGGCAAGUACAUCCUCGAGAAUAAACUCCGGACAUGGUCAGAGCUACGCAAGGAGCGGGCCGAGUUAAAGGAGAAGGAGGAGAAGGAACGUAGCGAGGUCGAGGGAAACCAGGAAAGGUCCACCAAGGAUGCCAAGAACGGUACUCUUCUCGAACGCAGUAAGACCUUCAUCGUCACGCGGCGCUGGGGUGGCUGUCCUAACGGGUGUAAUCACAAGAGCCACUACCAGAGGCGAGACGACCUGGAAGCCCUUCGCCGAACGGACGAAGUCACCUCUAAUGGGUCUGUUGUAUCCCGUCGGCAGUCCCCUGCACCAGGACGGCGACCCAUUAAGCGAUGCGAGCAGGGAUACACAUCUGACGAGGGCACCGACAGCGAUGGCCGGCCACCGCAGAUCGACGUCACCCGAGCUCGCCAUGAAGUUGUUUCAUCUCCCGAUGGAACCCCAUCCUUUAUCUCUGCCGAAGAUCGUCUACGGAGCAUGAUCUCGCCGCACCUGAAUGUUGGCCGUGAUUUUGGCGGAACUUUCUCCGGACAGACCUCGAUUGCCGGCAGUGACACAGACUCUUCCGAGGAGGAUGGCCACAGACCGGAGGUCACAGCCGUGACCAAGAUCAAGGUUGGCAUUGUGUCUAAUGGAGACGCCAACGGCGCCAACGGCAGUAUCAACAGCAUCGUCGGUGGUCAAACCAAAGGAAACAUGACACCAAACACCGAAGAUGAGCAAUCAGACGAGAAGAGCCGGCGGCGCCGCGCCAACCGCCUUGGCGAUACCAAUAGCAGCCAUCGAGGCUCUGAGGCAGACGAGGAUGACAUUGACGCCGCGGAGAAGCGGGACAGGAGUAUCUUGGGCAGUGUUUACUGA